AUGACAAGUAUUCAAAAGAUUGACACAAAGUAUGCAACCGAGGUUAUGGACCAUUUCAACAAUCCGAGAAACAUAGGAUCAUUUGAUGAUGGCAAAAACAUAGGAACAGGAGUAGUUGGAGCCCCAGCUUGUGGAGAUGUUCUGAAGUUUCAGAUAAAAGUCGAUGAUAAUGGCGAAAUCGUAGAUGCAAAAUUCAAAGCAUUCGGCUGCGGAAGUGCCAUAGCAUCGUCCAGUCUUGCAACAGAGCUAGUCAAGGGAAAGAGCAUUGAAGAUUCGCUAAGAAUUAGUAACGACCAAAUUGCUCAAAAACUAUCACUUCCACCAAUAAAAUUGCACUGUUCGAUGCUUGCAGAGGAUGCAAUAAAAUCGGCAAUCAAAAAUUACAAGUCCAAAAAUUCACUAAUUUAA